GGGUUUUGCAAUCUUGCCGAAAUUCUUCGAGCGGAUAUAUUAGCAAAUCGAAAUGUGCAUUUUAUAUUCGUCCCUGGUCCCGAUGAUCCGUCAUUUAAUUCGAUACUGCCACGGUCAGAGCUCAAGUUUUUGUUCCAAUUUGCUUUUUUUUCCAGGCCUCCGCUGCCAUAUUCGCUGUUCGAAUUGAUGAAAAACGUGCCAAAUUGUUCAUUCGCAUCAAAUCCAUGCCGAAUACAGUAUGCCAGUCAGGAAAUCGUUGUAUUUCGCCAGGACUUGGUAGAGAAAAUGUGCAGAAACAGUAUCCAUAUGCCGUCAUCCACUGCUGAUAUUUCUGAGCAUGUAAGCCUGUCAAUCUUUUAUGUAUUAUUUGCUUAUUUCUUUAUAUAUCAAGACAGCCAAUAUAACCCAGGCCUAGUACGCAGUCUAGUAUUAACGAUAUUGUAG